AUGUCAAUCACCCCCGAGGCCAUCUGGGCCGCUUCGCCUAGCACCACUCGUGGCCAGCCCACACCCUUAUCCACGGACAGCAAGGGCGAGCGCAUCUGCUAUGCUUCCAACAAAUCCAUCUUCGUGCGAUCCAUUGACCACCCUGAAAUCGCCAAACAAUAUACGGGCCACACCACCACGACAUCGGUCGCUCGCUUCUCGCCGUCGGGCUUUUACAUCGCCUCGGGAGAUGUCUCGGGCUCGGUGCGUGUAUGGGACAGCGUAGGAGCGGAGACCACAAAGGGAGAAUACCACAUUAUUGCAGGCCGCAUCAAUGACAUUGCCUGGGAUGGCGACAGUCAGCGUAUCAUUGCAGUGGGCGACGGAAAGGAGCGGUUUGGACACUGUAUUACAGCCGACUCGGGAAACAGUGUCGGCGAGAUCAGUGGGCACAGUCAGCAGAUCAAUUGCGUGGACGUACGGAAACAGAGGCCCCUCCGAGCUGCAACGGGGAGUGAUGAUAUGAGCAUGUGCUUCUUUCACGGAGCUCCAUUCAAGUUCAAUACGAGUGUUCGAGGAAAGCACGACAAAUUUGUCUAUGGCACACAAUUCAGUCCGGACGGCAGCAGCCUGGUGACUGUGGGAAGUGAUCGGCGGAUAUGGAUCUAUGAUGGCAAGACGGGAGAGGCGGUCAAGCAGAUCGGGGAGGGCGAGGAUGCGCACAAAGGAUCCAUCUUUGGCGUCAGCUGGAGUCCUGAUGGUAAGAAGGUGGUCACAGCAUCGGGCGACCAGACGGUGAAGGUGUGGGAUGUGGAGAGUGGAAAGCUCGUACAAAGCUGGAAGAUGGGCCCGGAAGGGAAAUCAAGUGUACCUGAUCAGCAGGUGGGAGUGGUGUGGCCACAAGGGAGAAGUGAUGGCUUGAUCAUAUCCGUGGACCUGGAAGGAAACCUCAACUACUUCAAGUUAGGCGACGACAAGCCCAUCAGAGUAGUGCGAGGACAUCAAAAAGCUGUGACUGCGGCAACAGCACCGAGCGAUGGACAAACAUUAUGGACCGGCGGUGCAGAUGGACGACUCCGAGCAUGGGACGUCUCUGCAGGGUCAGCAGCAAUGAUUGAUGGCGAGCCACACUCCAAUUAUGUGGCCAGCGUUUCUGCCGUGCCGAACGCUGACAGCAAAAGCGCACGCAUCUUCUCGGUCGGGUGGGACGACUUUCUGCGAACCAUUGAUUCUUCGCAAAAGUCAUUCGUAGGGGCGGUGAAGACAGAAGGCCAACCCAAGGCAGCGACUGUCGCUGUUAUUGGUGGCAGUCCGCAUACCCUCGUGGCGACGGCUGCAGGCAUCGCAUCCUAUGUCGAUGGCGAGAGUAUCGGAUUACAAAAGACACCAGCUCCCCCGACUGCACUUGCAGCGUCGGGCAGCAUCAUCGCAGCCGGGUCAGAUGACAAAGUCGUUCGCAUUUUCGAUGCCUCAUCGCCCUCGUCCUUUUCAGAGAUUGUCACCCUGAAAGAGGCGACCGCUCCCAUCUCGGCACUUUCGUUUUCUGGAGACGGAAAAUACCUGGCCGUGGGCCUGUCAAGUGGCAAAAUCUUUGCUUAUUCGAACGCCUCUGGAGCCUGGACGCUCGAAACGAAUCGCUGGUCGGCACAUACUGCUCGGGUUACCACUCUUGCUUGGAGCCCAGAUAAUAAGAAGGCGGUGUCGGGCGGGCUGGAUACGAAUGUAUUCGUAUGGUCUUUGACCGAUCCCGGGAAGCGUAUUAAGGCACCGAAUGCCCACAAAGAAGGCGUGGGUGCUGUUGCAUGGACAGAGGACGACAGAGUCAUAUCGACUGGUGCUGAUGCUGCUGUCAAGGUCUGGAAGGUGGCGGGAGUGCCUUGAUCCCCUUGAACCAGCCGCGUCUUCACGGGGGAUGCCUUCUUAAAAAGUAGAACCGGGAGAGAUCUCGAUAUAGACUUCAAGGACUGAAAGCACCCAAAAGUUACGUACCUAGGUACAUGUAGUGCCAUGCCCCCUUAGAUGAAGUGGUUGGGGUUGUAUUUCUGCUCUCAACUACGUGUAUAUAAACUACAACCUCCAGGCCAACCACAAGUCGAC